CCCACCACCCAGCCCAGCCCGCCGCGCAGAGCAGCUCCACUGCGCAGCCAGCCGCUGCUCCCCCUCCCGCUCCUCCGUUUCCUUCUUCUCCAGCUCGGCCGCCUCAGCCCGCGCCGCGACGUCGUCGAGGGGAGCCAGCCCGCGCGCGAUGUCAGAGGAGGACGAGGACCAGCCGCCGCCCAAGCGUCCCACCAGCGCGUCGCCCUCGCCGACCGCGGACCAGGUGCUCGACAACGUGCUCGAGACGGUGCUCCAGUUCCUGGACGCCCCGCGGGACCGGAGCGCCGCCUCCCUCGUCUGCCGCUCCUGGCACCGCGCCGAGUCCGCCACCCGCGACUCCGUCGCCGUCCGCAACCUCCUCGCCGCCUCGGCCACCCGCACCGCGCGCCGCUUCCCCAACGCCAGGAGCCUCCUCCUCAAGGGCCGCCCGCGCUUCGCCGACUUCAACCUCCUCCCGCACGGAUGGGACGCCUCCGCCUUCCGACCCUGGGCCGCCGCCGUCGCCGCCGGGUCCUUCCCCGCGCUCGCCUCGCUCUACCUCAAGCGCAUCCCCGUCACGGACGCCGACCUCGACCUCCUCUCCCGCUCCCUCCCGGCGUCAUUCCGCGACCUCACCCUGCACCUCUGCGACGGCUUCACCUCGCGCGGGCUCGCCUCCAUCGCCUCCCAUUGCAGCGGCCUGCGAGUGCUCGACGUGGUGGAGUGCGACAUGGCCGAGGAGCAGGAGGGGGUCGUGGACUGGGUGGCCGCGUUCCCGCCGGAGCCCACCAACCUUGAGUCGCUCUCCUUCGAGUGCUACGAGCCGCCCGUGGACUUCGACGCGCUCGAGGCGCUUGUGGCGCGGUCCCCGCUCCUCAACCGCCUGGGGGUCAACAUGCACGUCUCGCUCGGCCAGCUGCGCCGCCUCAUGGCGCUCGCGCCGCGCUUGUCGCACCUGGGCACCGGGUCCUUCCGCCCGGCGGAUGGCGGCGAGGAGGGGGCAGGAUUCGGGGAGGUUUUCUCUGCAUUCGUGUCCGCUGGACGAGCGCGCACGCUUGUUUCUCUCUCCGGCUUCCGUGACCUCGCGCAAGAGUACCUGCCGACCAUCGCCGUGGUGUGCGCCCACUUGAAGAGCCUUGACUUAAGCUACACCGCGGUCACCCCGAAUCAGAUUCUCAUGUUCAUUGGCCAAUGCUACAACCUUGAGACACUAUGGGUACUUGACUCGGUGCGUGACGAAGGGCUCGAGUCCGUGGGAAUGUCUUGCAAGAAGCUCCAAUCUCUUCGUGUGCUCCCGUUGAAUGCACGUGAGGAUGCCGACGAGUUGGUAUCAGAGGUUGGCCUUACUGCCAUCUCACGGGGCUGCCCUGCUCUCCGUUCGAUAUUAUAUUUUUGCCAGACGAUGACCAAUGCUGCUGUUAUCGCCAUGUCGCGCAACUGCCCGGAGCUCAAGGUAUUCCGGUUAUGUAUAAUGGGACGGCACCAGCCGGACCACGCGACUGGGGAGCCUAUGGAUGAAGGAUUCGGUGCCAUUGUUCAGAAUUGCAGCAAGCUUACCAGGCUAUCCACGUCGGGGCAACUUACUGACCGGGCAUUUGAGUACAUUGGCAGGUAUGGCAAGUCCCUGCGGACGCUCUCUGUAGCGUUUGCUGGAAACAGCGAUGUGGCGCUGCAAUACAUCCUCCAGGGCUGUUCAAAGCUAGAGAAGCUUGAGAUAAGGGACUGCCCUUUCGGUGAUGCUGGCCUCCUCUCUGGGAUGCAUCAUUUCUAUAACAUGCGGUUCGUCUGGAUGUCAGGCUGCAACCUGACCCUGCAAGGGUGCAAGGAGGUGGCUCAGGGUCUACCACGAAUGGUGGUGGAGUUGAUAAAUGGCCAGCCUGAUGAGAAAGAAAGGAAUGAAAGUGUGGACAUCUUAUACAUGUAUCGUUCACUCGAUGGUCCAAGGGAAGAUGUGCCACCAUUUGUGAAGAUCCUGUGAAGCUGCUUCUGCGGAGGAGGCCGGGCAUGAGUGGGUGCAUGGGAGUAUCAUGCUGCUGCACUUGAUAUGCUGGCUGGGUGCAGAGCAUUUUAUGGAAUAUAUGUAAGUUGUUGAGCUGCAGAUAUGGUACACUUUUAUCUCUUCAAUUUCUUAGAAGGAUUUCCAAAAGCGGCGGGCAGGGUGUUCAAUUGAUGUUGUUCUAGUAGGAGUUCAUCAGUGUAUGCAAAGCGUUCUACGGCAAGACUAUAAGCGCAGGAGAGCAGGCUUCUUCGAGGGGGCCUCAUGGCUGCCUCAGUUUUGUUUGCUGCUCUGGAGGCUCCAGUUUGAGGACCGUCCUUCUGUGCCGGUGCAACACCAUGUUUUCUCUCAAUUUUUCGAAAUGGAGCUUGUUAUAUCAGAUUAGAUUCAUUAGAAUUCCCCUUCUGUUGUUGUUGUUGCUGCUGCUGCUGCUUCUGCAUAUUUUCUGUUUCAUUAUUUCGCAUUUUGGAACUAUGAGAUGAGAAGAACCUCCUGAUCUGAGCUACUAUAUAUUGUUAAAUUCCAAUGUUCCUUGUCUCAA